CUCUCUCUUAUGCUCUCUCCAUCUCUUUAUGUUUGUUCCCCAUUUUGCAAUUGUUGUAUAACCUCAUAAUGGACAGCUUCUAACAAAAAAAGAAAUAAAGAGAACGAAAAGCUCGAAAUCAACACGCAAAACAGAAAAAAGACAAAUGCAAAAUCAGCUGUGAGAUUUAUUUAUUGUUUUUUUUUUGGUAAAUAUUUAAAUUCAGACGCGUCGUCGACAAGCGAAUUGAAGACAGAGUAAGAGAGCCAAGAAGUAAGAGCAACAAGAAGUGAAAGAACAAGAAGAUAAGUUGCAGCACCGUCACUGUAAAGAGAGCAUAAAUCAAAGAGUUGAAUUAUAUCGAAUAUCGAAGUUGCUCUGUUGUAAUGGCUCAACUGCGUUCCGUGAGCUCGCAACGUACAAUUAAAUUGGUCUACUACAGUUGCAACAGUCCAAGCAGCAGCGGUUUGGUGGCAGCAGCAGCAGCUGCCACCAAUAGCAAUGGUAAAUGUAACCAGAAGAGAACACUACAUACGGCUGCAGCACCGACAGGCAGUGCGAAAGCUCUCUCAUCCUCCUCCUCUCUCGCACUCACGUCCACUCCCACUCUCGAUGUAUUGAAUGGACAGCGACGUCUUUUGCAGUCUCCCUUUCUGUGCGAUGUCGGAAUCGGAAUGGGAGUCGGAGUCGGAGCACGACGCUCUAUGCACUCGGCUGCACACGAUCAACAGCAGGCUCAAGUUGCGCUCGCCGAGGCAACCGACGAGCGUAAGAGUAAGCAAGGACAGUACGAAUCGAAGCCAGUUCAUCAACCGAAUGCGAACGGUCAAUCGCAACGGGAUCCUCUCGAUGUCAGCUUCAAUGAUCCAAUAGCGGCUUUUAAGAGCAAGACAACAUGGGAACUGGUACGCGCCUACAUGGUUUACGUGAUCUGCAGCAGUGAGAAGCUGGUGGAGCACAAUAUGAAGCUUUUAAAAGUUGCUCGCACCUUGCUGGGCAGCAAACUAUUCGUCCUGCUGAUGAAGUCCAGCUUCUAUGGACACUUUGUGGCCGGCGAGAAUCGCCACACGAUUGUUCCCACCCUCGAGAGACUUCGCUCGUUUGGCGUUAAGCCGAUCCUUGAUUAUUCCGUCGAAGAGGACAUUACCCAGGAGGAGGCCGAGAAGCGUGAAGUUGAAUCUUCCGUUUCGAGUGCCAGUGAUAAUACAAAGGACGCUGGCGCCUUGCCGCAAUAUCAUGUGGAUAAAUCGUUUGCGGAUCGUCGUUAUAAGGUGAGCAGUGCUCGCACCUAUUUCUAUCUGAACGAGGCAACCUGUGAGCGCAACAUGGAGACAUUUAUCAAGUGUCUGGAGGCUGUUUCGGACGACGAUGCCAAGGAGCCGCGUGCUCGGGCCCAGGGCGCCACCUUUGGAACUGGCAUCACAGCUAUUAAAUUAACCGCCUUGGGCCGUCCACAGUUGCUGCUGCAACUAUCCGAGGUCAUAAUGCGCACACGUAAAUACAUGGAGGCCCUGGUCGGUGGACAGGGCAAUGUUUUGACCCAUCACAAGACCAUUAAGGAUCUCGAGCAGUAUUAUGCCUGCGUUGGAGACAACAAGGACGUUCAGGCGUUCCUUAAGAACGUUACAUCGGACAAGGAGGGCAUAUUGCAUCUGUUUCCCUGGUCUGGCAUCGUGGACGAGGAUUCGCAGUUGAGCGAUACAUUUCGUGUGCCAGAUCCAAUAACGGGUCAAAUGCGUCGCCUGAUCUCACAGAUUUCACCCAAAGAGGAGGAGAUGUUUAGAAACAUGAUUCGUCGUCUAAACACAAUUGUAAAGACUGCCGCUGAGUUGGAUGUACGCAUUAUGAUUGAUGCCGAACAAACAUAUUUCCAGCCAGCGAUCUCUCGUAUUACACUCGAGAUGAUGCGAAAGUACAACAAGGAAAAGGCCAUAGUAUUCAAUACCUAUCAAUGCUAUCUACGCGAGGCCUACCGUGAGGUGGGCACAGAUCUGGAGCAGGCGAAGCGUCAGAAUUUCUACUUUGGCGCCAAGCUGGUGAGAGGUGCGUACAUGGAUCAGGAGCGUGCUCGUGCCCAGGCCUUGGGCUAUGCUGAUCCCGUGAAUCCCACUUAUGAGGCAACCACGGAUAUGUAUCACAAGACACUCACCGAGUGCCUGCGUCGCAUCAAGGUGCUGAAGGAUGUCGGUGAUGAUGCCAGAAAGAUUGGCAUCAUGGUGGCCUCUCAUAAUGAGGAUACGGUGCGUUUUGCCAUUGAGAAUAUGAAAUCCAUUGGCAUCUCGCCAGAGGAUAAGGUCAUUUGUUUUGGCCAAUUGUUGGGCAUGUGUGAUUACAUCACCUUCCCGUUGGGUCAGGCUGGUUACUCCGCCUACAAGUAUAUACCGUACGGACCCGUUGAGGAGGUGUUGCCCUAUUUGUCCCGUCGCGCCCAGGAGAACAAGGGUGUGCUCAAGAAGAUCAAGAAGGAGAAACGUCUGCUGGCCAGCGAGAUUCGUCGUCGUCUGUUCCGUGGUCAGCUCUUCUAUAAGCCCAAGGGCAACUAUGUGCCCAUCUAAGCGCGAAAUAACUCAAGCAAUUGAUCCAUAAAUCUGACGACACGACAGAGAGAACGAGAGACAAAAGGAGAAGGAGGAGGAGAAGGAGUAGGGGGAGGAAGAGUUAAUCCGACAGAGAUAUCCGAUAGAGUCGGAAUCGUUGUCGAAUUAAAAAUUAGACUACACUUUUUAGUUAACUGUUUUGUGCGAUUCUAAAUGUUUUACCGAUAAAAGAUGCGUUUAUAUAUUAUAGAAUAUAUAUAUGAAGAAAUUGACGCAUUUGUCAAGCGAAGAAGCGGCAGAAAAGAGAGGCAAAAUGAAACGAAACAAACACGAAACGAUUUAAAUAGAAAUGACAAAUAUUUAAAUAAUUAUUAACAAGCUGAAAAGUUCUGCGUGUCUGUUAAAAAAUAAACUUAAAAAAAAAAAGAGUAAAUAAAGCCAAAAAACCAAAUGAUGAUUAUAUACAAUUACACAAUGGCAUGUAGAUGAGAAAUUAAUAAUAAUAAUAACAGUAAUGAUAGCGAAACAAAAAACACACAUUUUUAGCAACUUAAUCGUAAGAGUAAAACUAUAAUAUAUGAGAGCAAAAUGUUUAUAUAUAGCUAUAACUUAUAUAUAUACAUAUAUAUACAUGUAUAGUAUGUGACUGCAUUUGAGUCCAUUGAAAUUGUUCAGCUUCUCGUUAAAACUUUUGUUGUGCGUGUGUGUGUUGUUGUAGGGAAAGCUACGAAAAUAUGGAGAAACAAGUUCUGUUCAUUUAUUUUCCAACCAAAUUUUCCUCAUCAUGUGUGAUCUUUAUAAUUAUAUAUUAUUGUUUCAUUAAGCAUUAUAAUAACUACAUAGAAUACAGUCUCAUUCUUUGUUUCUGUUUCUGAUCCUGUUCCUUCUCGAAAUAUAUAUAUGUAUAUUGCCACCCAGGGAUACACCUAAAACCUAAACUAAAAGUUUAUUAUUAUUAUUAUUAUGUUUAUUAUGGUAAAUUAGAAAGUGUACUGUGUUUUUAGACAAAAACCAAUUAUUAUAUUACAGUUUUAAAACUCUCCUCAUUCUCGAUUCUCUACAUGUUUCGUUCAGUGUGCCUAUCGUCUAUCGAUCAAUUAGAUAUCAUAGCGCGUUGUGUAUCGAACAAUUAAUCGUAUCAAAAAAAAAA